AUGGAAGUCUCUGAGGAGAUCGUGCAGAAGAUCCAAAAAUUUGCCCAGAACCGUCAAGCAGCGGAGAAGGAGUCCGCCAGUGAGCCGCUUAGAGCAACCAACCUACAUGCCUAUACGCAUCGCCUAGACGAGACUCUGCGCGAGCUUCAAGAGCAGGUUAGACGUCAGGAAGAUGACCUGAAGAAGCUACGGGAGAUUCGCUCCCAUGGACUGUUGGACAACUCGAAUGAUCUCUGGGUCCGGGUGGCCCAAGCGAGACGUGCCAAAAGGGCUUAUGACUCACUGCUACAAGCAGAAGAUGACCUUCCACCCACGGGCUCGAUCCUGCCUUCGCUCAUUGCAGUCGAAGAUACCUCGCAGCUCAUCAGGGAGAGCAAGGUGUCGGUGGUUGUGACAGCGGAGAAGUUAUCUACAGAUCGCGAGCGCCUUAGAGUUGAAGAGGCUAAUCUACGAGACUCGCGCGCAAUUGCAAAUGGACUCCGCGAGCGCAUCCAGCGUAUUCGCGAUACCAAUGCGCGAAAGCAAAAGCAGACGCCUUCUCAGGUAGCCCAAGAAGUAGUCAAGGACCAGAAAAAGAAGAACAAAGAAAUGGACCGCGCGUCUGCGGAUCUCAAGGUUUCCCUCGACGGUUUCAUCGAUGAAACCCUGGCUCCAAUGCUUGCUGCGGAGGAUCUUGGGGGUCCCACCGUUGGAGAUGCCCUGGAGGUAUUGGAUGCUACGCUGAAGGCGGGCUACACGGCGCACGGGAAACCGAAGAAGCAGAAACUGCCAGCCGAGCCCGAGGACGGAGGACAACAACGGAUUGAUCAGUUUUUGCAGCGCAAUGAUGACAGUUCGAACCCGACAAAUAAGCGAGAGGCUGCUGCGACAGAGGUACACAAGCUGCUGGAUGCACUGUUAGAGGCAGGGAACUCCUACGUGGACUUGGAACGAGACUCGGCUGCGUCGAGGUUCCUUGUGAGAGCCAAGGUAGCCCAGUUCCAUCCGCGAGACGCGCGGCGUCUACGGCUGGUUGAUUUUGGCCGUUCGUUGGGUGACUAG